AUGGAGUUUAACAGAGAAAGCGAAGUUCGGGAGCUGGAGAGGCAGUUCAACGACUCAAUAGAGCUGUGCAACGUGUCCGACCGGGGGAAGAAGAAGGAAAGAGCCUUCAAUCCGUUCAAGGUAAAGUACGAGAGCAGGGACGAGCAGAUACAGAACGUGGAGCAGGAGCUGUCCCGUCUGAAGGAGAUGCAGAGCAAAGUCCUGGGGAUGCAGGGGACUCUAGAGGAGACGAUGGAGAAAGAGCUGAAAAAGUCGAAGGAAAAAGAAAUAAAGGAAAUAAAGGGGAAGUACAAGGCCAGGCUUCUGGAGAUGGAGGUCCUGUACAAGGAAAAAGAAAGGGAGCUCCGGAAAGAGUACGACAAAAGGAUAGAGAAGGUCAUUGAGGUUUUGAAGGAGCGGGCGAAAGAGUCGAUCCAUUUGAAGGUGAAGGAGCAGGUGGAGUCCAUCCGGAGGGUCUUUGAGAAGAAGGUGCUUGAGGCAAAGCUGCGAGACAAGGCCGUGCUUGACAAGCUUUCCCAGAUGUACAUAGACUUGAAGGAAAAGUACAAGAAGGACGUGCAGAAGAUAAAUGCCCCGGAGUGA